AUGGCUUCAACUGCUAUACCGGAACAAAUUUCAUUGAGAGUUGUUGUGGACAAAGAGCAAAACAGAGUGCUCUAUGCGGAAGCAGGGAAGGAUUUUGUGGAUAUUCUUUUAAGCUUCUUGACAUUGCCACUGGGAACUAUUGCUAGACUCGUAAGUAGGGAUUCAAACACGAAGCCUUGCCGAUUUGGAUGCAUAAGCUCGCUGUAUGAAAGCGUGGGAAAUCUGGACCCCAAGUAUUUGAAUUCAGAGACAUGCAAGCAAAUGCUGCUUCAGCCAAGGAACUCCAUGGAACGUUAUAAUCAAAACCUCAAACUUAACAUUGAUGACACUGAGCCAACCAAGUAUUAUGCUUGUAUAGAUUGUCUUUUUCAAGGACCUUCUCUGGUGACCACUUUCAAGAAUAUGAAAUGCAAAUGUGGGCGGAAUUUUACGUUCCUUCUGAACCCUUGCAAAUGGCUCUUAUGCAGUCCUCUGUUAAGUGGAUCCGAUAAAAACGCGAGUGGUGAUGCUGGAGAUAAUACAUGGGAAGGCUAUGUAAAGGAGACUGCAUCUUUUAUAAUUUCUGAUGAUCUAUCUGUAACUCCUGCUAAUUUCAACACAACAUUGUGUCUGCUAAAGAAUCUACGCUCUGAAUGUCUACCGGAGGAAUCCACUGUAGUUCUUAGUUCAAAUGAGAUUUUGGACCUACUCAAGUACUUGUUGAUCUCCAAGACGGCACUCACAGAUUCAUUGUUAAGAAAGGAGCACAGCCUUAUGUAUUCCGAUACCUCGUUCAAGAUAACUGAUGAGAGACAAGACAGAGAGAGCACUGGGACGAUGAAGAUUAAGGUAUUGAUGUCAAAAUCGAAGUCCAAGAUAUUGUUUGCUCAGGUUGAGGAAGAUUUCAUGGACCAGCUUCUUAGUUUCUUGACUUUCCCAUUGGGAGCAGUAGAAAGAGUUUUAGAAGGAAACUCUGGGGCGGUGUGUGUCGACAAACUAUAUAACAGUUUGUUCAAUUUUGAUUCAACCGUAGACUUGACGUCAGAGAAUCUCAAAAACAUGUUCGCCAACCUCAUGAUAGCCCCAUAUUUUAAUGUCGAUAACCAGAUGGUACCUAUCGAUGAACUAAAGUAUCCGUCUGAGUUAAGUGUCUGUUCUAACGAGCAUGCUAUUGGUCCAUAUUAUUUGACUGCUGAUGCAAGUUUGUAUCUCCGUGUUGUGAGAAGAGUAAGAAUGUGUGACCCUAAGCCUCCAAUAGCGGAGGGGAAAUCAAGCAAUGGAUAUGCAAAGAGCAGAACCAAGUUCAUGGUUGCCGAUGACCUGUCUGUGAAACCCUUUUCAUCUCACCAUGUUCUAUCAUCCUUAUUAACUGAAUUGAAGGUGCCUCACCAUGACUUGGAAGAAAGAACAAUCCGCAUUGGGGUACAAGAGGCUGUGAGCAUCCUUAAAGCUUCCAUGGUUUCAACAUCAGCUUUGACAAUUGGCCUGAAGGAAUUUUUAUCAAAUAAUAUUAAAGAAGAGGGCGAAACAAAGACGCGAAGCAGUGGCUAG